AUGCUGUUCACCAACCUCAUUACCGCCACUAUUGCUCUCGCUAUUGGUGUCUCCGCAAUCCCAACUCCCAGUGCCCACACUCGCCAUAUCCAGCUGCGCAUCUUCGGCAAGCCCGGUUGCUCAGAGCUUAAUCAGGGCGAGAUCGGAGUGUACGAAGAUGGUAUCAACAAGUGCCAUGCGUUCAUUGACACGAACAUUCGAUCCGUGAGCUUUGAGCGUCAGAUUGUGGAAGGCUGCACCUUGUCCGUUUACAACGACAUCACCUGUCACCUCAAUGAGCACGUGGUUGAGCCUGAGACUUGCCUUUCUGGCGACAAGCUCUAUGGUAGCUACUUUGUGCAUUGCCCUGAGGCCAGCGAAUAG